AGCAAUCUUAAAUUACUACUUAUAAGUAUAUUGCUUCUUUAUUUUCUAUAUAUAUCUUCAGAAACUUGAUUGACUUUGCACAAAAAGAUGAAAAUUGAGAGCUUUCUACUUCUCAACAUCUCAUUUUCGCUGUUCAUAGGACUUGUUUUUGAAACAAGUUCAGUAGGGAAUGCUCGUUCAAGUUUGUGCAUUGAGAGGGAGAGGCAAGCUCUUCUCAAGUUUAAGCAAGGUCUCAUAGAUAACUCCGGUAUCCUCUCAUCAUGGGGGAUAGAAGAUGAGAAAAAAGAAUGUUGCAGUUGGGAGGGUGUGAAGUGCAGCAAUAUAACAGGUCAUGUUGUAGUUCUUGAUAUUCAACCACCUUUUAUGUUCUUUAAUGGUUAUUCAGACUUCUCUAGUGGUUCAAACUUGAGAGGUAGUAUUACUCCUUCAUUGCUUGAACUGCAACAUUUGAAGCACUUGGACCUUAGUUAUAAUGAUUUUGGUGGAAGUCGAAUACCGGAUUUCAUCGGUUCUUUUCCAAGACUGGAAUACCUUAAUCUUGAGCAUGCUAACUUCUCAGGUGAAAUUCCUCAUACUUUUGGGAACCUUACCCAUUUGCAGAUUCUCGAGUUAUCUUGGAAUCAAAUUUCAGGACCUUUGCCAAACUUAAAAACAUUUUCAGCAUUGAGAGAGUUGCAUUUGAACAAUAAUCAAUUCAAAGGUAUAUUACCCCAAAGUGUCGGACAACUUUCAAAGCUAGAGAUAUUGAGUGUCAAUUCAAAUUUCUUAGAAGGUUCAAUCACAGAAUCACAUCUUUCAAACCUUUCUAACUUAAAGGAGUUGGAUUUAUCAUAUAACUCGUUCUCUUUUCAGUUGGGACCUAAUUGGAUUCCUCCUUUUGAGUUAGAUAUCAUAUCACUCUCCCGUUGUGAAAUGGGGCAUCAUUUCCCACAAUGGCUACGAACUCAGAAGAAUUACUCCUAUCUUGAUAUCUCUUUCGUUGGUAUAUCAGGUGUAGCUCCUAACUGGUUUUGGGAUCUUUCUCCAGAAAUAAGCUACUUCAACAUUUCCAACAACAAAAUAAGCGGAGAGAUCCCUGAUUUGUAUUCCAAGUUUGUAGCAUCAAAGGAAUCUAAUUUUCCAGUGAUGGAUUUUAGUUCAAAUAACUUAUCAGGUUUAGUGCCAUCAUUCCCUUCCUACUUGGACACAUUGAACCUUUCCAAAAACAAGUUUGUUGGAUCAAUUUCUUUCCUGUGUAAAAUAGCCAACCCUUUCUUCCACAUCCUUGACCUCUCAAAUAACCUACUUUCAGGCGAACUUCCCGAUUGUUUGAUGGAAUUUGAAGAACUAGCCAUUCUUAAUCUAGCUAACAACAACCUACAUGGUAAAAUUCCCAGUUCUGUUGGUGCUUUGCACAAUAUCCAAUCUCUACAAUUGCAGAACAACAAUUUUACUGGCCAUCUGCCUACCUCUUUGAUGAACUGUUCUAUGUUGACAAUCUUAGACGUGGGGGGGAAUAAGUUAAGUGGAGAAAUUCCAUCAUGGAUUGGCUCAGAAUUAACAUCCUUGGUUGUCUUAAGUUUGAGAGUCAACAAGUUCAAUGGAAAGAUACCUCCAAAUUUGUGUCGUCUGAAUCAAGUCCAUAUUUUGGAUCUUUCUCGGAACAUCUUAUCAGGAGAAAUCCCACAAUGUCUCAACAACUUCACAUCUUUCCUUCAUGAGGAUAGUUUAAACCCGAGCAUUAUUAUUAAUGUGGGUGGAAUCAAUGGACAAGGCUAUUACACUUCUGCUGAAGAUUACAUGGGGGAUGCAUUAGUUCAAUGGAAAAGUAGUGAAUCUGUGUACAAUAAGACACUUGGGUUGUUAAAGAUAAUCGAUUUUUCUAGUAACGAAUUAGUUGGAAGAGUUCCUAAAGGAAUCGCACAAUUGGGUGGUCUACUUUCACUAAACCUCUCAAGAAAUAAUUUAACAGAAUCCCUUGAUCUGUCUAAAAAUCAGCUCACAGGCCGGAUUCCCACAAGUCUUGCUCAACUUAAUUUCCUAAGCGUCUUAGACUUGUCGAGUAACAACUUGUCAGGGAAAAUUCCUUCAAGCACUCAAUUGCAGAGUUUUGAUCCCUCAUCAUAUGCAGGAAACAAUGAACUUUGUGGCCCACCACUUGCAAAAUGUCCGGGAGAUAGGGAUACUCAAAGCCGUUCUGGUGAUCAUAGAAGAAUCAACAAUCUUGAUGAAGAUGACAAUAUUUUUUCGUUUGGGUUUUAUAUUGAAGAUGCUUUGGAGCUAGCAAACGAUAUGACAGACAUUGGAGGAUUAAUCGUCCACAGGUCAGUUUCAGACUUUCAGUUCUUAUUAAAAAAACUACAAAAAGUUCCUUGGUCUUUAAACAUUAUUACUGGAACAGGGGUCAAAGACUUGUUUUUGGGACAAGUUCAGGAGGGGAUACUCGUAGAACUUUGUGCAUUGGGAUGGAGAGGCAAGCUCUUCUCAAAUUUAAGCAAGGACCAGGCAAUCGCCAUAGCUCAGCUUCAGAGCAAAAACGAUAAAGUUGCUUCAGCAAAGCCAAAAGAGGUUACUGAGCCAGGGCGAGAAGAAGCACGAGUAGUCGAGAGCAACGGAUCUGGGGCCGGUUCAUCUGCUGAGGUUUUGAAAAUGCUCGAGACUUUGGAAAAACGGGUUGAUUCAACGGAGAAAAGAGUGGAAACAUAUAACCCUCGGGUGGAUCAGAUCCCGGGAGCACCCCCGAUCUUGAAGGGUCCAGAUUCGAAGAGAUACAUUCAAAGACCUUUCCCUCCGAGUGCGGCUCCAAAGUUGAUCCCGAAGAGAUUCAAGAUGCUGGAUAUUCCGAAUUUUGACGGUUUUGGCAUCCAUCUUAGACCUGCUGUUGCAUGUGCUUUGACCUCUUUUGAUCUACUAACGAACCGCUCCACAACCUGCUUAAAUGUCAUUCUCACCAUUGCGGUGACGGGUAGUCCCCGUGCAGAUUUCAAUAAGCCAUUGAAUGACUCAGAGCUAUUUGUUGUCAGCAUACCCCAUCGCCUACCUUCAUCCUGGUGUAAUGUCCAUUUGUCUUUAUCAAUUACAUUCAACCAGUGGAAGGCUUCCUCAUUCGCCCGCCUAAUAAUGUCCAUCUCGUUAAAGUUAAACUUCUUCCCCGAUGCUCUGUUGCAGCCGCCCACAUCCAAUUGCAAAGUGCUGGGAUCCGAUAUGCCUUUUGGAAAUGAUCAAGAUAGGGGAUCUCAUCGAAAUGCCACUGAAUCCGGGUCUACUCUUGCUGUUGAAAUUGGCUUUGCGGCUGAACCGGAGUCGACUCUUGCUGUUCAAAUGGUUGUUGUGAAUUCAGUUCCUCCUCGUGUGCCGGACUGUUCAUCAUGUCUUGCAACAAUUCUACUUGAUGUUGAGGAUUAG